UUAUUAUUGUUCAAUAUGGUUUACCUAACGAAGGAAGCUUUUUCGGUAUUGCUGCUUGUACUAGUAACCACCGUGGAAUGCACUGUAUUUCGACCGCACCGUCAUCGCACCAAACGACCUAGGCCAACAAAUAGUCCAAUUUCCAAGGUUAGCUGUAACACAAACAUUCGCAAUGGACUGGAUUCCAGAGCUCCAGUAUUUUUCAAAAAUGGACAACUGGAGGUGCCCAGCGGUGGUGAGUUCAAAUGGUAUCAAGGUGAAAACGUGGGCGUACUGUGCUCUGAUCCCAAAAACAAAUUAAUUACUACAAGGCGCUCACAAGAUACUAUUGAUUGUUACGAUGGAACACGGUUCACGGUUGGUGGUAAACGUGAACCGAUUUCUAAAAUCAAGUGCCAGUAUAAAACCACGGGUGAUGUUGAAAUUACAAGUCAAUCCUGUGCUGGCUCCGGUACAUUGAUGCAUGUUGGUUUCAGGAGUAACCUCAAAUUUCUCAAUCUAUACGAGUCUUGCGUCGAUGAGAAUAAAACUGCGGUUCUGUAUACGCAUCAUACACUGUACGGUUCGGAAAUCAAAAGUAAAAGUAUUUCACAACGCGUGGAUUUCAAAUCGGAAGGUUUUCCGAAAACAUCGCAACCUCGGACCGCAUACAACACAGAGGUGCAAAUCCAAAGGUUGGCCACUUUGCUGAAUUCUACGAAGUCGGUAGCCAAAACAUAUUUGAACAGCAGUUCAAAUUUGCAGCGUGGUCACCUGACGCCAGAUGGAGAUAUGCUGCUCAACACUUGGCAGUGGGCGACUUAUUUCUACAUCAAUGUUGCACCCAUGUGGAAAUCAAUCAAUACCGGCAGUUGGAAAAAGUUGGAAAAUACCGUACGAAAUUUUGCCAGCAACAAUCGCUUGACCGUGGACGUUUACACUGGCACUGAUGGCAUUCUCGAAAUACAAGGUGUCCCAGUUACGUUGGACAGCAGCAAUGGAAUCCCGGUACCACAAUGGCUGUGGAAGAUUGUCAAGCAUCAAAAUGAAGCUAUUGUUUUCGUUAUCAGCAAUAACCCCUUCCAGGCCGAUAACUUUCCCUGUGGCAACACAACGGUCAAUUACAACUGGUCUCGUGCUGGUUUGACUGGAGAAGUUGCCUUUUGUAGCGUAGCAGACGCCCGUCCGCACAUUAGAACAAUUCCCGGUACUAUUUUCGCUCCUAAUGUGCUCCACUACAGAUAAACAAGCGGUUACUCUAAGUCACAGUUUGAGUUCUAUUGCAAUUCUUUUGUAGUUUCGAUGAGUAUAUAAUCAAAAUCAAAUUUUAAUUUUAAUCGACUUAAUACCCAAACGUUUAACUUUUCCGAGAGUCCACUGUAUUUAGAAAAAAAUAAAGAAUUAGAUUAAAG